CAGGGCAAAUUGAAAUCUUUCGUGGGUUUGAUCCGCAACUACCCCACCCUGCCCCGUUCAUAAAUCCUGAAUUUCAAAAAUUUCGAACCGAAUCAUUGUUUCAAAUGGACGCUCUCUCAUCGCACUUGACGGCGCCGGGCCGAUCCCGGAGUUCACAAUCUCCGUCACCCUCACAUUCUGCGUCGGCCUCAGCAACCUCGUCGAUCCACAAACGCAAGAUGGCAUCUGAUGACCACGCGCCGCCUUUCCCGUCCUCUUUCUCUGACACGCGCGACGGCGCUCUUACCUCCAACGAUGACUUAGAGAGUAUCAGCGCCCGCGGAGGCGGUGCUGAUUCCGACUCCGAAGAUGACUCCGAAGAGGUCGGUGAUGAUGACGAAGAAGAUUAUGAUGCUUCUUCCAUGCGCAAUUUCACUGCCUCACGGUUGGAGACUAGCGUGGCUAUGGUACCCCCAGGGAGGAAUACUAAGCUUAAGAGUGAUAAUUCAGUGAAAAUUGAGUCUUCCGAGAUAGCGAAAGAAGCUGGCACUGGUUGUUCCGGUAAUGUUGCGCCACCUACUGCCACUGGUUCUGUUUCAGGGGCGGUAGUGAAGGAUGAGAGUAUGAAGAAUAUUUUUACUGACAAUUUACAGACUAGUGGUGCUUAUACAGCAAGGGAAGAGAGCUUAAAGAGGGAGGAGGAAUCAGGAAGACUCAAGUUUGUAUGUGUUUCAAACGAUGGUGUUGAUGAGCAUAUGAUUUGGUUAGUAGGAUUGAAGAAUAUAUUUGCAAGGCAACUACCAAACAUGCCUAAGGAAUAUAUUGUUCGUCUUGUGAUGGACAGAAACCAUAAGUCUGUAAUGGUCGUCAGACGCAAUCUGGUGGUUGGUGGUAUAACAUAUCGUCCAUAUACCAGCCAGAAGUUUGGGGAGAUAGCUUUUUGUGCAAUUACAGCAGAUGAACAAGUUAAGGGCUAUGGCACCAGACUGAUGAAUCACUUAAAGCAGCAUGCACGCGAUGUGGAUGGGCUGACUCAUUUUCUAACAUAUGCUGACAACAAUGCUGUUGGUUACUUUGUCAAACAGGGAUUCACGAAAGAGAUUUAUUUAGAGAAAGAGCGUUGGCAAGGGUAUAUUAAAGAUUAUGAUGGUGGAAUCCUUAUGGAAUGCAAAAUAGAUCCAAAGCUUCCAUACACGGAUUUAUCUACUAUGAUACGUCGUCAAAGGCAGGCAAUUGAUGAAAAGAUAAGGGAGCUAUCAAAUUGUCAUAUUGUCUACCCAGGAAUUGAUUUUCAAAAGAAGGAAGCUGGCAUUCCCAAAAAGGCCAUCAAGGUUGAGGAUAUCCCUGGCUUGAGAGAGGCUGGAUGGACUCCUGAUCAAUAUGGUCAUUCUCGUUUCAAAACAGUAAACUCCUUGUCAGAUCAGAAAUCUUUGACUGCAUUCAUGCGCUCACUCCUGAAAAUAAUGCAUGACCAUCCCGAUUCCUGGCCGUUCAAAGAACCUGUUGAUGCACGGGAUGUUCCUGAUUAUUAUGACAUCAUCAAAGAUCCAAUAGAUUUAAAAACAAUGUCAAAGCGGGUUGAGUCGGAGUUAUAUUAUGUGACAUUUGAUAUGUUUUUGGCGGAUGUGAGAAGGAUGUUUGCUAAUGCUCGCACCUAUAACUCUCCUGAGACCAUUUACUACAAAUGUUCAACCAGGCUUGAAUCACAUUUCUCAAACAAAGUUCAAGCUGGUCUACAGUCUAGCAUCAAGAUUCAGUAGGAAGUUCAUUAUUAGCUAUUUAUGAAGUUGAUUCUGGUUCAAGUGAAUCCCGUCAUAAUUGAUGCCUUAUCAUAUCAUCCGACCCUGGGGUUUUAUGAGAGUAUUUGUAUAAUUUGUAUACUAAGUAGAUGUACAAUAGUUAAUUUAUUGUAUUGAGAAGUUGU